AUGUCUUCCAGGUACUUGCUAGUUUUGCUCCUGGGAGCGCCCCCACACCACGACCACCCUCUCAAGCACAUUCUUGUCGAGGAGGUUGAAAAGGAAGACUCCCACAAAAAGCCAUUCCCCAGCAAGAAACCGCCCCACCACCCCAGCCACUUGCUUGCCGAGGAAGUGGAAGCCGAUGAAAAAAAGAAGCCAUUCCCCAAGCACAAACGCCCAAAGAAAGGCGACAAGCCACCAUCCCACGAGGGACACAUUCUCGUAGAGGUGGAAGAGGACUCGAAGAAGCCAUUCCCUGAGCACAAGCCCCCCAAGAAAGGCGAGGAGCCCAAGAAGGGAAAGGGAGAGAAGCCGCCACCAAAGCACAAGCCACCACACGAGGGAGACAUUCUCGUAGAGGAGGUUAAAGAGGACUCUAAGAAGCCAUUCCCACAAGCCGCCAAAGAAAGGCGAGGAGCCAAAGAAGGGAAAGGGAGAGAAGCCACCCCGAAGGCACAAGCUGCCAAAGAAAGGCGAGGAGCCAAAGAAGGGAAAGGGAGAGAAGCUGCCACGAAAGCACAAGCCACCCCACGAGGGACACAUUCUCGUAGAGGGGGUAGAAGAGGACUCAAAGAUGCCGUUCCUGAGCACAAGCCGCCCAAGAAAGGUGAGGACCCGAAGAAGGGCAAGGGAGAAAAGCCACCACCAAAGCACAAGCCACCACACGAGGGACACAUUCUCAUAGAGGAGGUCGAAGAGGACUCUAAGAAGCCAUUCCCUGAGCACAAGCCGCCAAAGAAAGGCGAUGAGCCAAAGAAGGGAAAGGGAGAGAAGCCACCCCGAAAGCACAAGCCGCCAAAGAAAGGUGAGGAGCCAAAGAAGGGAAAGGGAGAGAAGCCACCCCGAAAGCACAAGCCACCCCACGAGGGACACAUUCUCGUAGAGGAGGUGGAAGAGGACUCAAAGAAGCCGUUUCCUAAGCACAAGCCUCCCAAGAAAGGUGAGGAGCCGAAGAAGGGCAAGGGAGAAAAGCCACCACCAAAGCACAAGCCACCACAUGAGGGACACAUUCUAGUAGAGAAGGUGGAAGAGGACUCAAAGAAGCCUUUCCCCAAACACAAGCCGCCGAAGAAAGGCGAGGAGCCAAAGAAGGGCAAGGGUGUGAAGCCGCCGCACCACAAGCUACCACACAAGCCUCCCACCGAGAACUGAUUAUGCAUUCUUCAAUGAAUGUAUAUGUCGUGUGCUUUUCACGGGUUCAAAUAAGAGCUGGUCCAUAGAGUGUCUGGCACUACCGUGUUAGCUGGUUCGCUGUUUGUGC